UCCCGGCUGCUGCACAAACGAUUCAUAUUGUAUUAUGGUAUAUAUAUAUUUAUUAGAGUAGCUGCCGGUAUUCCGGUUUCGAGUUGCCUAAACGAUCGCCACAGAUGACCACGUCCUACAAGACGUCCGGUUAAGUUUUUUUCGCCGGCUCACACACACGUUACACACCACACGUCGUCGUCGUCGUCGCAGUUGUUUAAUAAACGUUCAGUCACUCGCUUACCACUGUCGCGUCCGUUGCGCCCCUCGUGGUCACUGUGAAAUUUACUCGAUUGUCCACAGGUGUAUUUACAUAAAAAAUAUAUAAUCGUAUAUAGCAAUAAACUGCGUCGUCGUAAUUUAAAAAUCAAUUAAAUUUUUAUUUUUAAUUUGGUCGUAUGGUGGUUUAGUGCCGAUCAGUACACAAGAUCCGCGACGAAAAUCCAAAAAAUUUAAACGGAACGUCAAGUAUACUCUACAACACUUUCAAGCUACACAAUAUUUAUUUCACUCAAAAUGGUUUCGAUCCAACUGACGGCGAUGGUUAUCGUGGUCUGGUGCUGUACAAUGACCGCUUCGGAACCAUACUGGAAGUGGCACAAACCGUACACAUGGAACAGUUCGCCUAAAUUAAAUUUACCUACGCACGCAGCCGUCUACGGCAAACCACUACCGCGACCCUACUCGUCUGCUCACGAAAAACCACGAGAUCGGUGUGAACUGCGCAAGGCGGUCUUCACUCAGGACGCCGAAUCGCCACAGUACCUCCUAUACAAGACCAAAAUUCCAGACUUGAAAGAAUUCACGCUAUGCCACUGGCAUAACAUUUUCAACUACACGCACGAUCAACCCAUAUUCUCGUAUUCGCAUGCUGGUAAAUCCCGUGUUAUAUAUUCGUGGAUUGAGAACAAGCCCGACAAAACAUAUUACUCGUUGGCUAUCAACGGACAUACCAUUUACAGAAUUAAUUAUCCGGAGAAAUUGUUCAAAUGGUAUCAUGUGUGUCAGUCGUGGAACGGUCACACGGGUGAGUGGCAGCUGUGGAUCAAUUCCGAAAGAGUGGGCAGAGGAUUUUACAACUUGAUGGCCGGCAAGCAGAUUAAGGGUGGCGGCGUGGCAAUUACUGGACGGGAGUACCUGGAUCAGGCGUUGGCUGUCCACUACCCAGCAUAUUCGGGAGAACUGACGUUGCUCUCGCUGUACAAGGCGGCGCUAACAGCGGGCAAGGCAUACAACGACCACAAGCACCAUCACGUGCACAACUUCCAUCAUGGAUAUGACGAGUCGGUGGACGAGGCCGAAACCGAGGCACCACCCACACUACCCCCCGGCCCGGAGGCUACGAGGCCACCACACUUGGCGCACGGCGGAAAGUUCGCCAACGGUCAGCGGCUGCCCAUGCUUCCGAUACCUACUGUCAGCAGCCCGGCGCCGAAGGAUUCGCUGUUUCCGCAACUGCCACCGCAGCCACAUCUGCCGCUUUUUGACGGUGGUCUUUAUGACUUCUACGACACACCGGCUGCCGACGAGACGUUUCGCGUCAAUUUGUUGGACAAACAAGACGAAAACCGCCGUAGCAGCACUUCGAUCCGUUACAAGCGUUGGACUCCCCUGUUCCAGAAGUCGAUGACCGACGUCACUCCCGCCGACAGUAACGACCGGUUCGCCAGGUCCGACGGUGAUCUGUACGACCGGAAGUACGAACCGGCCGAGUGGGAAGUGUCUAAAGUGGCUAGCGUGUGCUCGGCCUGUGUAACGGACCCGUUCCGCGCGGCUUCCGUUCUGUCCUGGCACGAGACCCGCAAACAGUUCUACAACGGCGUCCACUAUUUGCCCGCUCUGCCGAAGUGCUAUAUGUUCUGACGAGAUUCGCGUUCUGGUCAUCCAACCACCGCCACCCAAUCUCACCAACCAUUUAACGACCCUGUCACCUGCCGCCGACGCUAUACCGCCAUACACUUUAUUAUAGCACGGUGGUAGGUGGGGACGUCGAUCCAGGGAGCGAUACUGUACAUACUUAUAUAUAAUAUAUUAUUAUUUUUAUUAUUAAUAGUGCGUGGAGCUUAGAACUAUAAUUGUAUUCACUUAAAUCAUAAUACGCCGUAUGUGACGGCCAAGUUACGGUGUACACUGGUUUUUUCGAGUACCUACCAAAAUUUGUAAAUUUUUCCAAAGUUAAAAAAAAAAACAAACGUGAAAUUCGUUGA